AGCCGGGGUAGAGUGAACGCAGUGGCUGUUUCGAAGUUUCCGCGUGUUGGUAGUGUUAAUGCGUGAGUGUUGUCAUUUAUUAUCGGGAAUAUGAUGUUCUAAUGAUGUAGGAUGUACGUGCCAGCGGCCGCGGCGCUUCUUCUUGCCGCACUUUCUGCUUUACCCUGCCGAGGUACUGAUGCCGAUCCUUCAACAUCUACACAAACCAACACUCAACCAACUAUUAACAAAUUCUAUCAAAUGCUUCAUAAGCCUGUCUUAAAUGAAACAGAUAACACUUCAAAUAACCCUUCAUCAAAACCAUUAUUUACACUACCUAAUCUAAAGUCCACAACUUCUGCAACCUUGCAAGAAAUUCUCCACAAAUGUACAAUCGAUGAAAGUAUUUCAAAUGCCAAAAGUUUAAGUGGUGCUAUAGAGUUAAAUAAGAAUAGCAAAAAUCGAAAAAGACGGAUAGCUACUAAGCAAGGAUAUGAAAUUGUUAAUAUAUUUGAAGAUAAUGAAAGCAAAACUACUCCAUCACCAGUGGUGUUAGAAAGACGGAAAAAACCAGCGGAGACGGGGUCAAGUGCACCUUUGCUGAAUUAUAUAUUUGAUACUUAUUCAAAUACUCAUCAGCAUAGAAACGACCGGGCGGGUCACGGAAAUAGCAUAUAUGUUGCAGCUGCACCUGAAAUCGAGGCCUUAGUUGGUUCAACCGCCUACAUGGACUGUAAAGUUGACGCCUUACACGAUAAAUUGGUGUCGUGGGUUCGAAGAAAAAGCGAUGAAGCACCUAUGGAUUUACUGACAACGGGGACACAGCCCUACACUGCUGAUGAAAGAUACUCGGCAAGAUUCAUACCUCCUGAUAUUUGGCGGCUGGAGAUCAAAUCAGUGAAGCCAACAGACGCGGCCUUUUACGACUGUCAGUUGUCUGCCCACCCACCUAGAACUGCUAGAGUUACGUUGAGAGUGCCUGAAGUGUCAAUUAGAAUAGUGGAUGGAGCUGGUGCAGUGGUAACCGAACAGGUGUGUGAGGUUGGCAGCACUGUCGCGUUGAGGUGUGAAGUGAGAGGACUAAAAAUGGAAGGUGGGCCCUCGCUUUUGUGGCAUCGGAGGGAGUUCCUACUGAACGAUGACACUACACGCGGUGGUAUAAGCGUGCGCACGGAGUUUGGCGCAAAUGGCGCCAAUUCUGUCCUUCGUGUGGCUCGAGUCCGUGGUGACGAUGCCGGCGCUUACUCUUGUAGCGUGGCCCGGGCGCCCUCACCAGAACCACAGCCUGCCCAUGUCAUACUACAUGUUAUAAAAGGUGAAAGCCUGGCGGAACUUCAUCAGGGCAGCAAGAUGGUCGAUUUGGACACAACACUUGUCACUCUAACAAUUGUCAUUGUAUUACUAAGACUUUACAUCGUAUAA